GGCUAACGCACUGGUUCUUGUCUCUUCUUUCCUGCAUCAACGGACACGACGGGAUUAGGGAAGAUGUACUGACACAGUGAGGAACCUGUAGUCAGAGUAGCUCUAGAGGAACUUCCAGACCAAAGCAUGUUUCCUAAGACUUCAAACAGCUUCUUAACAUUUCUGAAAUUGCAUAUGCCAGUGUUGGGUACGUGAAGAGAUUAUUAACAUGAUCUGUAGUCUCCUGCUACUUCUGCUCCAGGGCUUGGUCACUACGAAAGAUUUGUCACCAGGCCAAAACUGCAAGGGUGCUGAUUUUAAGGAAGCAGCACAUUCACUUGCAAAGUGUCACCAAGAUGUUCCAGUUUUGGAGUUUCCAAAAUCAUCUGUGGGGUUGAAGAGGAGAAAUUUUGUGACUCAUCCAAUCUUCUUUCCAGAAAAUGAUAGGGGUCCUUUCCCUAGAAAGAUGACCGUUCAGAUCAAGUCCCUCAUUGCUAAGGAAGCUCCGGUGUGGUACAGCAUCACUGGUGAAGGAGCAGACCAGCCUCCUAAGGGUCUUUUUACUGUGGAUAAGAACUCUGGCUGGCUGUAUGUUUCAAUGCCUCUAGACAGAGAGAAAAAAGACAAGUAUGAGCUUCAAGCCCAUGCAGUUGCUCAAGAUGGAAAUGUAAAAGAACAACCAGUGGACAUUGUGAUCAAUGUGAUUGACCAGAAUGAUAACAGGCCCAUAUUUACCCAGGAUCCAUUCCGUGGCAGUGUAGCAGAAGCUUCAAAUAUAGGGUUUGAGAUCAUGACAGUUACAGCCACUGAUGCAGAUGACCCCAGCACUGACAAUGCUGAUGUCAGAUACACCAUCCUCAGUCAGAUUCCAGCACAGCCAAACCCAAACAUGUUUAGCAUCAACCCUGUCAGUGGAGCAAUUCUAGUGGGCGCUGAAGGAUUGGACAGAGAAAAAUAUCCUGAAUACACAUUGGAGAUCCAAGCUGCAGAUAUGCGGGGUAAUGGCUAUGCAGUCAAAGGAAACGCUGUAAUUACAAUAACCGACAGCAAUGAUAAUGCACCUCAGUUUGAGAAGACCUCGUACAACGUCUCCGUCCCAGAGAAUAAAGUGGGAGCUGUGGUGGUGAAACUGCCAGUGACUGAUGAGGAUGAACCUCAGUCAUCUGCCUGGGCAGCAAAGUUCAGGAUUGUUGGUGGAAAUAGUGGUGGGCUUUUCAACGUUAGCACAGGACUGAAGAAACAGGAGGGCAUCAUUACUACUGUCAAGCCACUGGACUUUGAGAGAAACAGCAAGUACACUCUGUUGGUGAUCGUUGAGAAUGAAAUUCAGUUUGCCAAACUUUUGCCCACCUCCACUGCCACAGUCACUGUGAAUGUUAUCGAUGUGAAUGAGGCUCCAGUGUUUGACCCAGAGAAGAAGACAAUUUCCAUACCUGAAGAUCAGAAGGUUGGCAAUGAAAUAACGGUGUACACAGCCAGUGACCCUGACACGGCAAAGUCUCAGAAAGUUAUGUAUCGUGUAGGCAGCGAUCCUGCUGACUGGCUGGAUGUGGACGAAGACACUGGACUGAUCAAAGUCAAGAACCCCAUGGACAGAGAGUCUCCUCUUGUGGAAGACGGCAAAUACGAAGUUCUGAUCUUGGCUAUGGAUGAUGGUGUCGUGCCCGCCACAGGUACUGGGACUUUGAUUAUCAAUGUGGAGGAUGUAAAUGACAACACUCCCACCGUCAACAGUACAUCCAUCUCAUUCUGCCACACUGACCCUCAGCCUGUAGUUCUGUCCAUAACAGAUGAAGAUGGUCCGCGCUAUUCUGACCCUUUCCAUGGUGAAAUUAUGGGAAUUUCUAAAGACCACUGGAUUGCUACAAUAAUCAAUGCUGGAAAAGCCAUUACAUUGAUGCCUACAAGUGUGCUGGAGGAUGGAAACAUCAGCAUAGUCCUGAGAGUGUCUGACAGUGCUGGCCUUUAUAAGGACACCACCAUCUCUGUCCAUCUGAAUAAGAAUUACUGUCUGCCAAAGACCUACUUUUGUGUGAAACCUUAGUCAUGAGUUGUUUGACUAUUACAAAAACUUGCAGUAUUUUAUCAAUAUUACAAAUGCCUGUCUUUGUUUUUCUACUCUUUGUUUCUGUAGAGUCAGCAUUAGCAAGCUAAGAUGAAGCUUAUAUGUGGGUUAUAAGAUGUAACACCUGAUAUACCAUGAGACUUUCUGAAUACAUGGUACAUCGCUCUGCAAAACUGGGAGAUGGUGGUUGUGAAGUGGUUUGGGGAAGUUCAUACCACAGAGCAACACUUACAGCAACAUCCAGAACCAGUUUUAACCAGUUUGCCAGAAAUG